GCGGCGGGCCCGGCCCGGCCCGGCCCUGCCCGAUGGGCAGCCUGCUGAGCGGGGUCAGCUUCAAGGAGCCCACCACGGUGGAGGACUGCGACUCCACCUGGGAGACCGACUCGGAGCCCGAGGCGGCGGAUCCCGGCGGGGAACCGCGGCGGCAGGAGGGGGUGUGCACCGCCGCGGGAGGCGGGGAAGAGCCGGCCGAGCUGCCCGCCGCGGACCGCCGGCCCCCGCAGCCCCCGCCGGCUCCGUCCCCGCCGCCGGAGGAAGGGGAGCGGGCGGAGGCGGACGCCGCCAGCCCGCAGCAGAGCGGCGAUGGAACUGAGCUGACAGCUAAGCCAAAGAGAAGCUUCUACGCAGCGAGAGAUUUAUACAAGUACCGACACCAGUAUCCACAGAACUUUAAAGAUCUUCGGUAUCAAAAUGACUUGUGCAAUCUUCGCUUUUACAAAAAUAAAAUCCCCUUUAAACCUGAUGGCGUUUAUAUUGAAGAAGUCCUAAAUAAAUGGAAAGGAGACUAUGAAAAGCUGGAACAUAACCACACUUAUAUACAGUGGCUUUUCCCACUGAGGGAACAAGGUCUGAAUUUCUAUGCUAAAGAAUUAACAACAUAUGAAAUUGAGGAGUUCAAGAAAACAAAAGAAGCAAUUAGAAGAUUCCUUUUGGCUUACAAAAUGAUGUUGGAGUUUUUUGGAAUAAAACUGAUUGAUAAAACUGGAAAUGUAGCACGAGCUGCUAACUGGCAAGAAAGAUUUCAGCAUUUGAAUGAGUCUCAACACAACUACUUGAGAAUAACUCGAAUUCUGAAAAGUCUUGGUGAGCUUGGAUAUGAGAGUUUCAAAUCUCCCCUGGUAAAAUUCAUUCUCCAUGAAGCCCUUGUGGAAGAUACCAUUCCCAACAUCAAGCAAAGUGCUCUAGAAUAUUUUGUUUAUACUAUUAGAGACCGAAGAGAAAGGAGGAAACUCUUGAGAUUUGCCCAGCAACAUUAUACACCCUCAGAGCAUUUUAUUUGGGGACCUCCAAGAAAACAGAAGUCAGAGGGAAGCAAAACAAAUAAAAAGCCAGCAUCUCCAAUUUCUAUUCACAGUAGCUACAUUUCUAAGCAUAAAAAACCAAAAGAGCCUAAGAGUACAUCAGCAAGUGGAAGCUCAGCCAGUAAAACAACUGAAGAAAGGAAGGUAGAACUCUCAAAAAAUGGGGAUGAAAAAGACCAGGAUGAACAAGAAAUGAACUGUGAUGCUGUUGGGCAGAACAACAGUGAAAAGAACAGUGACACUGUUACCAGUCAAAUUUCCAAAUCAGAAGAAAUUCAUGAUACUUCAGACAGAAAGGAGGAUGCUUCUCAUUUGAAAAAAGGUGAAAAUCUGAACAGUGAUUCUGAAAAUCAACCAGGCGCUAUAGAGAAAGGUUUAUGUGACACUGAGAAUUCUUCAAAUAACAUGACAGUAGAUCUACAAGAUAAUCCUGAUAAGGAUAUGCUUUCAGGGGGGACCACCUCAGAAAACAAGGAUGAGCUCAAGUCAUGAGUCUCUAAAAAUCAUUAUGUUUCAUAUUGAAUGAAGUAAAUAAUUCAUUGCUCAUUCAUUUUGGGUGAAAUUUCCAUCUAGUGUAGUAUAAAAUGUUCAUGAGGCUGUGCUUGUUGCAAAUGCAUCAGGUUAGACUUGUGUUCAGUUAAUGAGUUUUAUGUUUUUCAACCUCAGUUUAUCACUAGUCAGCCAGGUGUGGCUCUUUAAAACGAUGAUGUAUAUUCAAAGCUAAGAAAUUCUUUAUGUUUUCCAGACAGAUUGCACAGAAAAGCAAUAUAUUUUUUUGCCAUUAAAUGUAUCCAGUAUUUAAAAAAAACAACCCUGUAACUUACUAGAAAGCCUUGGAACAGAAGAAAUUUUAUGUUUCUUUCAAUAUGUUUGAAAUGUUGAUUUCCUUUUAUGAAAUUACUAGAAAUUAUUUCCAUUUUAUUUCCUAGUGGGUGAUUUCUUUAAGAACUAUGUUCAUGUUUAGUGGCAGUAUUUGCACAGCGUCUUUUACCUAAGAUUAGCAUCCUUGUUGGAGACACUUUGUAACAGGUAUCAAAAUGUUCUGUUUAUCUUACAAUUAAACUCUAUCCACACAUUUUGGGCACAAGGGAACUUGCACUUCAGAUUUCUUUUAGUCCUUGUUAAGUUAUCUCUUCUCUAGACUUCUAUGUUACUACUACUAACUUGGGAGGAGAGAUCUCUCUGAUCACUCAGAUUUGGUCUCAGUGUGAAAGCUCUCUGUUGAUCAGCAGUAGUAAAACAACUCCCUCAGCUGAGUUUAGCACCUGAAAGGCCUCUGGACAGCUGAAAAGCAGUGUCUUCACCACAAAGCACUACUUAAGUCAUCAAAGCAAUCAGAGAAAAUGUUACCAGGCCUGUCUAGCUGGAUCUCACCUGAACUUGGAAGUUUCGUGGCCAGUUUUGAGUAAGGUCUGCGCAGUGCUGCACCCCCUGUAGCAGUCCUGAUGCUUCAUUCCAGCUGUCCUUUUUGCUGUCUAUCAGAAGUCUUUUACAAUUUAAUGUUAUUUUGGUCAUAGGCUGAAAUCUGAGGCAGGCCAGUCUGCUGGCCCGGCUGGAGCCCAGGAAUUUCCCAAUUAAGAUCUUUCCCAACCUUUGUUAUUAAAGGACUGUCUGCUUUCCCUGAGUAGCCUCUUCUGAUUUUAUGCUGUUCAGUCAAAGAAGAUAGUACCCAGUAAGUUAGUUGUGUAGAAUAUGAAUUAAAAAUAUUGUGGCUAGAGCUCACGCUUUCUACAGUCCUAAAAUUGUCUAAACCUUCUCUUUUCUGUUUAAAAGUCUAUAUAUUAUCCACUGCCUUUAAUGUAUUUUUGCUGAAAAGUCAUAAGGCAAGUAGCUGACUACAGUUUGAGUGUCAGAGUGCUGUGGGAUGUUAUUCAAGUUUUAUCACUCAAAAUGAUAGUCUUCAGGGGUUUCAGAGCAUAGACAAAGUAUUUUGUAUCUUUCUGUUUAACUAAUUCCCAUCAUGGCACUGUAUCAUUCGUUGCUUUCCCCAGGUAGCACUGUUCCUUCAGAUCAAAUAGAGUGGCUGCUGGAGAUCUUGGUACCCAUGGACAAAGAUUAGGCUCUUUCCAUCCUAAGAAGGAAGGCAUAUCCCUCCUUUUCUUUUGCUGACAUGUAAGGAAAGGAACUUAAAUACAUGGAUUUUUUUAAGGGUAACCCAGGUUGCUCAAGGAGGCAGUAAGUCUGUCUGAGCUGAAAUGCUCCAGAGAAUUCCUCCCACAGCCAAUGCCUCUUUAAAGCUGAAAAGGUGCUGAGAAGCCUUUCAAAAUACCCUAUACUUGAACUAGUAUCCCCUUGUUCAUGUUUGCCUCUGACCUUCAGAGCAGAAGGGGACAGAAAAUACUGAGAUGAAACUGGCUCAUGUAGUUAAAGUCUCUGACCCCAUGUGUACACACAGGGAGGACAACUUUGUGUUCUGCUAUGACUUUAAAUCUUGAGUGCCUCACCAUGCUGACUUAAUAAUGUUGGGUUUAUAUAGCUAUUUCUUGAGUAGCAUAGGGAAAAUUUAUACCCUGUGUGUGAAGAGCAUAACUACAUGAUAGGUAGUUAUACAGAGUCUUCAAUUUAUGGACUUUAUAGACUUUAGUAUUAAGGUUAAACACUUCAUAAAAAAUGCAUAGUGUUCAAAAGGAAUAAGGGAUGCUGGGAGUGUUAUUAUUUUUUUACUGGAAUUUGAUUGAACACGGAUGACCUCGGGAAAUCUUUCCUCUUUUGUCUACUGCACACAAAAAAUGACAAAUCUUGCUCUUGGGAUUUGCAUCCAAUAGAUGUCUCUGCAGUAUGGUAUUCUGUUGUGGUGACACAGCUUCCACCUAUACAUACUUGCCUGUUCUCCACUCAUAAUUAAGUACUUAAUGCGCUUUUCAUCUGGCAGGGCUGUCUGCACUAAGGGCCCACUGUAUCUGAAAAUGCAGUCAAGAACUUUGGGACUUAUGUACUUAUUAACUCUGCAGUAAUUUUUACAAUUCACAACUCAGUGUAUUUCUAUCAGUUUUCAGAGAAGUGAGAAAAGUAGUGGCAUACCAAUUGCCUACUGAUAACUAUAGGAAUUAGAUAUAUGAGGUCUUUUUCAGGUGGGCUCCUACACUCUGUAAUCUUUGUUUUAUAGCUUUAUCAACAGAAUUACUCCCAUGGGACGCUUCAGCUUUAACAAACAAAUUCUGCUCUAUGUAAAAUGUGAUGGUUUAUUAUUCUUUUCAUGGAGGAGUUGUUUCUUCUGAUGUUGCAAGUGCUUAAAAGAAGGAUUCAUUCCAGAGCAAUCAUGCAGUGUAGUAUCCCAUUGAGAUUCAUGAGGAUCAAGUGGGUGAACUGCAUGCAUUUCAUUAUGCCUCAGCAACCAGAAGCACUCCAUGCUUGAAGUUUCUACGUAUUGGCUUUCAGGUUUACAGUAAAAUAUAUGUUGAAAUGACUGUAUUUUCAUAAAUGCUAGUACUUCAGAACGCAUGUACUUCAGAAACCGAGGAUGUGCAAAGAAAGUCAGGUCAUUUGCUCACUAUUAAACUGGGUUUUGUCUCGUUAUCCACCUCAGUAUUCAGUGAUUUCUGUGUAGUUACUGCAAUAAUGUAUUUUGGUCCAAUGUUUUACUAGAAUCAGAGAUAUUAAUUUAAUUAUUCAACAGAAUCUCCCAUAUAGGGUUCUUUCCUAGUAAGUAUUUCUGAGUAACCUGUUAAAUGGGAAUAUAUGCAAUAAAUACUCACACAUCUGUGGACUUGGUCUUGAUUAUCCUAUGGUGAGGGGUUAUGAAUGCACAGCUUGCUAAAGUGUUACUCAGUAAACACAGGCAAGUGAAGGUGAUUGUACAAAUAAUGCAAAAAUGCAACAUUUUAAGAUUAGUUGCAGCUUUGUGCCCUGCUGUCCAGGAGGUAACUGCACCUGGUUGCCUGAUACUGUGUUGGCAGAGACUGAAAGCUUGGGUACAUGAGGUGUGUACCACAGGCCCUUCAGGUUAGACAAGCAGUUGUGCAUGGGAAUGUAUCUUGGAGCAGAAUUGAGCUCCUGGCAUCUGUAGUGCUCAAAUUUAAAGGCAUGAUCCUGAAGGAUAUUUGCAGUAAGCCCUUGAGGGCUGUUCCCUGGCUUGAUCAGCUCCUCAGUUCCUGCUCUAAGACUGCAGCAGUCUGAUAUAUUAGGUAUUUGUGUCAUCAUAGUUAAUAUUUCAUGUAAUGGGGUGUAAGCCUUCUUGAGUUGUUCCAGAAUAAUCUGCUGUUGCAUAAUACCUGUACUACAACCAGAACCUUUACAGACCUUAGAAGCUUUGUAUAAUUUUGAUGGAUGAUCCCAUAAGGUAAGUCAAGGGAGCUUUACUAGAUUUAAAUGGAAAACAGCUCUUUUUUUUGUUUUAAACAAAAUUUAUGUCUAUCUGUUUAAAUAUUUUUUGCACCUUUCUUUUCCUGACUGUUGUGAUGGUACUGAUUACAAAUUAUAAUAAGAUAUUUGUGUUUAAGUGAAAAUGCAACUUAUUGCCAUACUUUAUGGGUAACAACAUAAUUAAUUUCCUUGACAAAAGCUGUAUUUAUGAAUAAGGUACAAAUAUGUGAAGCAAGUUUUCCCAUUAAUGCAAAUGUGAUGAUAUUAUGUUGAUGAGGUUGUCCUAAGAACUACCAAUGUGGAUCAGAACCAAAGAUAUUUCUAACCUUGUAUCCUGCCUGCAGUGGUGGCCACCAAUAGAUGGUGUGAAACAAAGAACAGUAAUCCACUUCAAGUCAGAUUUUAAAAGUCAUGGGAGAUUCUAAUGAUAAAAUACCUGCUUAGGCAGAAAAUGCCCUAUGUUUCUGUCUUUAGUUCUGUCUUUAGGCAGACUAUACCUGCUUAGGCAGAAAACUUGUCCUGUGUUGAUGACAAUAUUAUCUUACUUCUGAAAAAUAAAUAAAUUCUUUUGUAUGAAGUGUGAAGAGAUUCCAACUGCAGAACAGAUUAUUCUUUUUUUUUUUUUUCCCCUUUUUUUUUUCUUUUGCUGUAAAUUAAAGAUCAGUCAAAGGCAAAACCUGUUGCUAACCUACAGCUAUGGGAGGUACCCCUGGAUGUGGAGACCCCAGCAUCAGUGGGUGUACUGUUGUGAUGAUGUAGAAGACAGAAAUACUAUCUAGAGUUUGCUGAGAACUGUACUCUUUAUUCCAUAUUUUGGUAACUUAUUUUGAUACAUGUCCCCAGUUCCAAUUGCCAUUGGAGUAACUGCUCAAAAGGUGUUUUUGAUGGCCAUCUGAGUCUGAAAAUGAAGGAUGGGUCAAAAAUACCCAAGCACGGGCAACAACCUGCUCUCCAUUGAGUUCAGCACACAUUCAGUACCAACAGGUAUUUAGAUGCAGUUCCCCAAAGGAAAUGUACAUUGUGUCUCUCUAGUAUCUCUGUGCUCUAUAUUGCCUAUGAACUGUUUAUUUUCCUGAAAGUUGUGUUUGUUUACAGACCAUGUUCUUAAGUAUACUUACUUAAGAUCAUUGGGGAAAGCAAGAGUUUAUUUUAAGAAUAUAUUUAAUAUGUGCCAUACCUAAUGGACUCCUAAAAUACAGUUCCAAAGCUAUAGAGAUCAAUUAAAUAGAGCCUCCUGUGACUUCACACUUACAAUCACCUUUAUUUUCAAAAGCAUUAAGCUGUUUGCUAUAAAAUAACGAAUGUGAGAAUUGGCAAAUUCUUCUGAAGUAUCUUCUUAGAAACUCAGCACUUUUUAAUUCUUCCAUGCUUACAGGUCUAGUAGCUUAUAUUCAUCAACUGAAGUUUCUUGUGAAAUGUGCUGAAUGUAUUUACUGCUGUGACUAACUCUGUGCAAAUUGCUGUUUUGCAGUAAACAAAAAAAAAGGUUAUGCACUUACAUUUUUAAGAUCUGCUGCAGCAUGUUUGCCAGUCAUUAGUUGCUCUUUUUUUUCUGUGUUUUUAACCUGUUCCACUGUUGUUUGCCUUUUAUGCAGUUUGAGUUCAUUGGGGGAUGAUCAGAUACAGAUUUGCACUGAUCAAAUUUGGAAAUACCGUAGACUUCAUUGUUAAAAUGUAAUCUAAGAAAAAAAAGUGCAGUACAAAGAAAAAAACAAAAACCCAAUAAUUUUUAACUUGCAAAAUGGAAUAGUUACAUGUUGUUUUUGAUGAGUGAUCCCGCUCUCUUGUCUGUAUUCCUUUGCAGUGUUUAAUUACAGAAUGCUGUGCAUGUUUGGUAGUACCAAUACCAUAUGUAUGUGGUAGGAGUGGUAACCAGUUUCUGGAUUUGUAAUGCACUAUGAAGAUAUAUUUUCUAAUUCUGUAACUGUAUGGCAGUGUUAUGCCAAAAAAAAUGUAUAAGCAUAAAAAAGCAAUAGUUUAUGUUGCUUACUGC